AUGACAUCUUACGCUACACCUUAUUACCCCCAUCCUCCUGGUUCUUCACACGAUACCCCUACUUCAACACCUGUUAAUCCUACUUCCUCUCAUAAUCUACCCCAACCUGAUCAAUCACCAGAAAGACUCCACUCAUCUGGUUCUUUCCCCAAAGGAGCACCAUUACCACAAUCACCUCAUGUUUUCUCACAUGAUAUUCCUCAACCCCCUUCUUCUUCUCACGGUUAUCCACCUCCUCAACAAACGAAUCAAAGUUCUGGUCCUGGUCCUACUCCUGGUUCCAACCCUGUGAAUCAAACACAACCUCCUAUCACACCUAUCAGUGGUAAUUAUCCACCUCAACCUUCCACUUAUUACGGAUUAUCACAAACUCCUAAUCAAACUCAGGAACACGUACCUUCUCCCCCACCCACUAGUAGCGGUCGUGUACCUCCUCAAGGGUUCACACAAGAAGGUCAGGUCGUUGUUCCUGUAGGUAUAAGUGGUGGUAAAAUGUUUCGUUGUAGGGGUUAUGGGGAUUGUGAUAAAGUGUUUACUAGGAGUGAACAUUUGGCUCGACAUGUCAGAAAACAUACAGGAGAAAGACCUUUCCCAUGUCAUUGCGGGAAAGCUUUUUCUAGAUUGGAUAAUCUUCGUCAACAUGCUGCCACUGUUCAUGCGGAUCAACAACAACUCAACGAAGCUAUGUUAAAUUCUCUCGCUCCCGUUCACGCAGCUUUAUCACAACGUGCGAACAAAGAACAACGAAGAAGAGGUGAAGUGGUAGAAGUUCCUAAAAACGCAAUCGAACGUCCUAGACAUAACGAAAUUCGAGUUAAAACUUCUCCAACUCAACAAAACACUUCAUAUCCUCCAUAUCAAGAAACGAAUUGGACGAUACCUCCACCUCCUCAUUCACAUCCUCAUCCUCAUCCUGGAUCUAGACCACGUACAAGUGGAAGUGGGGUUGGUAGUAAUUACGAAUAUUAUCCUCCACCUCCACCUCCAAAUGUUGAAAAUGUAGUUGGAGAAGAUCCUUCUGGUCCAAGUCGUAGAUAUCCACCUUAUGGAUAUUACGAACCUAGACCACCUACCGCACCAGGAACAGCAUCUUCAACUGAUUCAAUUUCACAAUUACCAUAUCCUUAUAGACCAAUGUCAUCAAACGGUAGAGAAUUACCAGUACCAUCACAUUAUACAGAUUCAGAACCACCUUCUACCGCUCAUGGUCCACCACCACCACCACCACCACCUCAAUCUCCAUUAUAUCCUUCAAACGUACAGAGUAAUAAUCAAAGUUCAAAUCCGAAUUGGUCUUCACCAACUCAUUCGAAUUAUCCACCUCAUGAAGUUUAUCCACAAGAAGGAUAUCAAUAUCCACCUGAACAUUAUCCUCCUCCGUCAGGAUAUACAUAUCCACCACAAUCAUAUUAUCCACCACCACCACCGGGUUAUACAGGUGGAUAUCAUGAUUCACCAUUUCAAUAUAAUACUUCUUAUCCUCCUCCACCUCCACCACCACCAUCACAAUCACAUCUUCAUUCAGAUCAACAACAACAACAUCCUCAUCCACAUCCACAUCCCCAUCCCCAUCCUCAACAAACCCCUAUACAUCCUUCGAAUUCACAUGAACUACAAACUCCUAGUGAAAUUCCAAAUUCGGAAAUACAUCAUCAACAAUAUUCACGUAAACGUCGUAAUGAAAAUCCAUCGGAAAAUUCAAGGAAACAACCUAGGAACAGUAACGGUAAUGGUAUUGUCCAACACCAACAUCAACAACAACAACAAGGAAAUAUACCUCAACAUCUAAACGAAGCAAUGUCAAAUCGACAAGAACCUCUUUGGUUACCACCAGCUUCAGAGAGAAGAUCAUCUUUAGCUAUUUCAGCUUUGUUAGGUUCACCACAACAAGCUCCUAGAUCUAGACCAGCUACGGGUACUCAAGAAUUUCAAGGUGGAUAUGGAUACGGACAUGGACAUGAAGAUAAUCAAGAGGAAGGGAAAGAGAAGGAUAGACAAGGUGAGAAUAAGGCGGUUUUGGCGUAG